AUGGCAGCUAAAAAUAUGUUUCAACACAGUAAUAAAAUGACAUACAAUGGUACAAUAGUAGGUGAAAAUUUAAGUUAUUCAUCAGCAUCACCUCCAGAUCCAAUGACAGGAGAUUCAAUGACUCGACCAUGGUAUGAUAAAGAAGAACCAAUGUACCGAUAUGAUAACGACUAUCAACCCCAAUUAACUCAUUUCACGCAGAUAGUAUGGAAAAGUACUAAAGAGGUUGGCUUCGGAAGAGCAAAUAACGUGAACCAAUGGUACGGCGUUGCUGUGUACUAUCCUCCAGGCAAUAUUCAAGGACAAUUUUCUAGAAAUGUGAAAAAGCCGAAAUAA